AACAGAGUCUUUGUAAAAUACAGGGUUGUCUUGUCUUGCAUGGGAAGCAGAGUGUGAUAUGGUCUGAAGUAAAGAAUGAGUGAUUCUGAUCCUCCAAAGCUCUAUUCUCACAAACCCAAAAAAGCGCAAUUGAAGCAAUUUAGAGGCCAACCACCGCUCAUGGGGACUCAAACUGCUCCUCCUCCUCCUCCUCCACCACCGCCGCCGCAACCUAAGGAACCCUUUAUUCGCCGCUACAAGUUUCUUUGGCCUAUGCUAUUAGCUGUCAAUCUUGGUCUUGGAGUAUAUUUGUUUACAAGAACAAACACAAAGAAGACAGAUACCGAGGAGGAGGAAAAAGAGGCAACUCCCAUUUCAGUUAAAGAUACUACUAAAGCUCCUGUUGCCGAGACAUCUGUAUCCCUACCACCAACUGCAAACCCUGUGAUCAAAAGAGAACCAAUUCCAGAAAACCAACAACGUGAACUCUUCAAGUGGAUAUUGGAAGAGAAGAGGAAGAUCAAACCAAAAAAUGCAGAGGAGAAACGGAAAAUUGACGAAGAGAAAGCUCUACUCAAAAACCUUCUUCAGUCAAAAUCUAUCCCAAGUAUCUAAUGACGACGUUUCUCUUAUCUUUGUCCAAAGUUUUUUUUCUUUUUAAUUAUAAUAUACUUUAGUUGAUUUCUUCAGUGGUUCUCUUUUCUGGUUGUUUGGUUGGUUGAUGAAUUUAUUGGUUGGUUGAUGAAUUUAGAUUGUACAUUUGUUUAGAUUGUCAUAAUUUAUCAUUUGAAAAAAUUGGGUUUGGCUAA